AUGAGCUCACACAUAUCAGACGUCGAUUUGGGCGAGUACGUCCCGUUCGAGGGCGAAGGCCACACGGCCUUCUCCUCACCGGCGAUGCGCACCUCGUUCGAUUUCUCUGGCAGCGUUUCCAGCUCCGCCUCGAACUUGGGUACCGUCUCUCCCCAUGACCUUCUCGUCAACGAGCCCUUCAUGUCCGCUCCCAACUCGUCAGCUCUGACAGCGCUGACGUCGCCAUCCAUCAACGAGUCUCCCGAUUUUGACCCGUACGAUGUAUCGCCUCACUUUGGCAGCGCGGAUUUCGAUGGUCCUCCCGCCGAUGCUUGGUACUCCUUGUUCCCCACGGAGGCCCCUCUGGCCGACGCGCAACCGCAGCUGCAACAGCAGUCUCAGCAGCAGCCGGCUAGCGUUGACAACUCUCCUGCUCAGCAGUCGGAUGACCUCAGCUCGUCUGAGCGUCCUCUGACUGGCACCCGGCGGAAGUCGGAUCAGUCCCCGCCUUCGUCCACUCGUCACUCGUCUGUCUCGGGCGUCAACUCGCGCAAGCGAGAUAAGCCCCUGCCCCCUAUCAUCAUUGAUGAUCCCAAUGACACAACUGCAAUGAAGCGUGCGCGAAACACGCUUGCUGCCCGCAAGUCAAGGGAACGCAAGGCGCAGCGACUGGACGAGCUUGAGGCGCAGAUUGCCAAGCUUGAGCAGGAGCGUGACCACUGGAAGAACAUUGCUUUGUCCAAGUGA